AUGGAAGGGACCGAGGAAAGCGGUGAUACGGGUCAAUCUGCGGAAUGGGAUGUGCCGGAUGCUUCGUCUCUUCCGCCCUCCAUCCACGAGUCCUUUGAUCCUGCUCUUCAUAGUGAUCCCUACGAUAGCGCAAAAUAUUUGGACGAACUGGUGAAGGACAUGCGUAUAUUGGAUGCCAUUCAAGUUAACCAUCCCGACAAGCUUCGCAAUACUUAUACGUUGCUUGCCAACGAAAUUGACCGCGUUUGGACCAUCAUCUACUUGCGCACUCUACGUGAUGACCAUUCAAAUCCUUCUCUUCAUCCGGAAGGUUCUCUUAUUACGAUCCAGGAGAAAAUUAUGAUCCCACAACGCCCAGAUUGCAAAUUCAUCGGACGUAUUCUUGGACCACGUGGAAUUUCGGUGAAACAACUUGAAGCACAAACCGAUUGCCGCAUUCUUAUCCGUGGAAAGGGUUCCGUUAAAGAUGCUCGUCGUGAAGCUCGUCUUCGUAAUCGUCCUGGUUGGGAACAUCUUGCGGAACCUUUGCAUGUGCUUAUCACCGCUUCUGAUGCUUCGCAUGAUCGUUGCGUUCAGAAGUUAGCAAAUGGUAUACGCAGUAUUAAGGCUCUUCUUAGUAGUAAUGAUGAUGAACACAAACGCCGUCAACUUGUCCAGCUUGCAAUCAUUAACGGCACCUAUCGUCCAACACGUCCAUAA